CUGUAAGUGGUAACUUGAUUUCUUGUCGCGCGUAGAGGGUUAUAGAGCAACUCUGCUUACAUAAGUAGGCUACAUAACAUGCCAGUAAGGUUCGCGGGCUCGAGGCUCAAUAUCGCAGGUCCUGCAGGGUCCAAGACUAAGGUCCCCUCACGUUUGUCCUUCGCUGAAACCUGCUACCCACAACGACUGUGUAUCACGUUGUUUCUUUUGUUCUUUGCCAGACCCAUAGAGCUCACCCUUUGAAGUACCGUCCUGCAGUCUCGCCGUCUGGGACGCUAGGCAAAAGAUGUGGCUAUUAGACGUAGAAGCUGUCCUUGAGCGGGAAAAGGUUCCACGAAGAGUGGGUUCGAAAAUCGAGGUCCUGAGAGAACUCGAUGUCAAGACAAGCUAUGCCAUACUUUCACAUCGCUGGAAAACUGAGGUCACUUACGAGGAGAUGACUGGGCUCAUCAGGAUGAACUCGCGGAAGAGGGUUGACGUCAGGGAGCGCGACGGCUACCAGAAGAUUAUCAAGAGUUGCGAACAGGCCAAGAAGGAUGGUUACGAGUGGUUGUGGAUCGAUACAUGUUGCAUUGACAGGCGGAGUAGUGCGGAACUCUCAGAGGCGAUCAAUUCAAUGUAUCAAUGGUACCGCAACUCGCAGAAGUGCUAUGUAUACUUCCACGACGUCGAGGAGUCGGUCUUUCCCACCAAUCAAGAUUUCCGGAGGUUUGGGGGGUCCAACGGUUGGCCAGAGUGGUUCUCGCGAAGUUGGACACUCCAGGAGCUCAUUGCUCCGAAGAAAGUGGAGUUCUUCAACAAGCGCUGGGAGUCCAUUGGCACGAAACAGGAGCGGAUAUCCACACUAGAGGAUAUCACGCAAAUUCCGUGGGACGUUCUGAUGUGGGGCCCGUCGCAUUUGGGCCGGCGUAAUGUUGCUCAAGUGAUGUCUUGGGCCGCUGACCGAAAAACGAUGCGAGUGGAGGAUCGAGCGUAUUCGCUGCUAGGCUUGUUCGGUGUGAACAUGCCAAUACUGUACGGCGAGGGCUCAAAAGCAUUCCAGAGGCUCCAGAAAGAGAUCAUCCGUGUAUCUGGUGAUCACAGCAUAUUUGCAUGGAAUCCAAGGGGACGGUUCAGGCGGCACGCGAGUGUCCUGGCAGAUGACCCGAGCUGCUUCCGGGGCUGUCAUGACAUAAAAUGCCUGGAUCACUCCACGUUCAUCAAAGAACUAGAAGCAUUUAUGCGCCGGAGCGGACUCGAUGUGGACGUAGACCGCGACAAGAUUGAACCGUUGUGGCACGGUGUGGAGUCCCCUCAACUUUUCAGAUUCAAUGUUACCAAUCUGGGCAUCCAAGUCUGGUUGCCCGCCGUACCCAAGAGUCGCAAUAGCGGUAAGCAAGGCUUCAAGGCCAUACUGCCGUGUCGUGACCGCUAUGGAAACCUGAUCACCAUCGACCUCACAUCCCACGGACUUACCUUUGGCAGGUCUUGGGGUUUAGACACACCAAACACAUGGCCGGAACUCAGGUCGCUCUGUCUUGAUUGCUCUCAAGACACUGAGGAGGACUACCAUCAGCUUAGGCUCCAUGACAGGCGCACCUCGUGGCGUGGUUUCACCCGUCGUGUCGCCCUCCCGGACGAGAUUGCAGGUGAUACAGUCACAUUCUCACAAGGGAACACUCUCGUCGUCUUAGUCUACACCAAUAACGAUGCCAGAAUUCGCUUUGCAGUUGGACUUGCACACUACCUUGGUAAAUUGUGGGCACGCGUGAUCUGCUCCACGAAUCCAGAGGUCCAGUCAUCGUGGGCCGACUUUGCCAAGCAAGCAUAUGGAAUCCUGUGGAAUGCACCUAUCGACAAUUCCUUUUUUGACACAGAUUCUAUUCAAAAGGUACAUAUUCCCCAAUCCAUUUGGGAUGCAAGCAUUAUCCGUGGCAACAGCGAUACAAAUGUGAUGAUUGAUAUCGAACAAUGUCCUGGUUGUUGUACUGGGCGGCUUGAAUACAUAUAUACGCCUGUGGAUUGCAAGCUAUGGCUCCCGCGGGCAAAUGGAUACAGUUCGGAUGGAUUUGAGUUAAUACUGAAUGGGCAAUUUGCAUUGCUUGACAAGUAUUCUGGUCAACAGAUUGCGGCGAUUAUGGCGACCUAUAUGUGAAUUUCAAACGUCGCGGGAAUGUAUUCGAAGA